CCGUCCUGUGAGGGGAAAGGCCAAAUGAAAACGUCCCGAAACCCCUGACCUAUUUCCCCCGGCAAUAAAUCUGCGCUCCUCACGACGAGCGGGGACAGGCGCAGCAGGAUCUCCGCAGCGGGAGCGAUGAGCGCCAUAUUGCGCUGGGCUUAACCGAGGAAGUGGAAACCUGCCCGCUGUGCGCUGCACACAAGUCGCCUCGCCUCCGCGCCUCAUCACUUCAGGAGGACACACGGACAAAUCUUCUCGUCUUUGGAAACACUUUUUAUUUAUUUUAAUCCAACAGUCUGCUCGCACAGCGCGAGGGAAAACAACAGAAACAAAAUGCCCAAAGCGGUCAACGUUCGAGUCACCACCGUGGAUGCUGAGCUGGAGUUUGCCAUCCAGCCGAGCACCACCGGCAAGCAGCUGUUUGACCAGGUGGUGAAAACAGUUGGCUUACGUGAAGUCUGGUACUUUGGACUUCAGUACAUGGAUGGCAAAGGUUACUACACUUGGCUAAAACUGGACAAAAAGGUUUCGUCCCAGGACGUGAAGAAGGAGAACCCGAUGCAGUUCAAGUUCCGGGCCAAGUUCUUCCCAGAGGAUGUGUCCGAGGAGCUGAUCCAGGACGUCACCCAGAAGCUCUUCUUCCUGCAGGUGAAGGAGGGCAUCCUGAGCGACGAGGUUUACUGUCCGCCAGAGACGGCCGUGCUGCUCGCCUCCUACUCUGUCCAGGCCAAGUUUGGGGACUACAGCAAAGACGUCCACCGGCCUGGAUACCUGGUGUCCGAGCGCCUGCUGCCACAGAGAGUUCAGGAGCAGCACAAGUUAUCCAGAGAGCAGUGGGAGGAGAGGAUCCAGGUGUGGCAUGAAGAGCACAGUGGCAUGUUGAAGGAGGACGCUAUGCUGGAGUACCUGAAGAUCGCCCAAGACCUGGAGAUGUACGGAGUGAACUACUUUGACAUCAAGAACAAGAAGGGAACAGAGCUGUGGCUGGGAGUGGACGCCCUGGGACUCAACAUUUAUGAGAAGGACGACAAAUUGACCCCAAAGAUCGGCUUCCCCUGGAGUGAGAUCAGAAACAUUUCCUUCAACGAUAAAAAGUUCAUCAUCAAACCCAUUGACAAGAAAUCUCCGGACUUUGUGUUCUAUGCAGCGAGACUGAGGAUAAACAAGCGCAUCCUGCAGCUGUGCAUGGGCAACCACGAGCUGUACAUGCGUCGCCGCAAGCCGGACACGAUCGAGGUGCAGCAGAUGAAGGCCCAGGCCAGAGAGGAGAAGCAGCAGAAACAGCUGGAGAGGGCCCACCUGGAGAAGGAGAAGAAGAGGAGAGAGGCCAUUGAGAGGGAGAAGGAGCAGAUGGAGCAAGAGAAGCAGGAUCUGGUGAUGAGGCUUUAUCAGUUUGAGGAGAAGACCAAGAAGGCGGAGAAAGAUCUGCAGGAACAGCUCCAGAGAGCCAUGAUGCUGGAGGCGGAGCGGAGGAAAGCCGAGGAGGAGGCCGCCCGCCUGGAGGCCGAGCGCCAGGCCGCCCUGCUGGCCAAAGAAGAGCUGGCUCGCCAUGCUGAGGACCAGCAGAAGAGUCAGGAGCAGCUGGCUGCAGAGCUGGCACAGCACUCGGCCAAGAUCAACCUGCUGGAGGAGGCCAAGAGACGCAAGGAGGAGGAGGCCAACUCAUGGCAGCUGAGGGCCACUGAGGCCCAGAACGAUCUGAUAAAGACCAAGGAGGAGCUGCACAUGGUGAUGACGGCGCCCCCGCCGCCUCCCCCUCCCCCAAUGUUCGAACCCAUGGACGACAACAGCGACAGCGAAGAGAACGUCAGCGAGGAGAACAGCAGCUACCAAAGCGCCGAGCUGCAGUCUGAAGGCUUCAACAACCACCGCAACGAGGAGGACCGCCUGACCGAGGCCCAGAAGAACGAGCGCGUCCAGAAGCAGCUGAAGGCCCUGACCUCAGAGCUGGCUCAGGCGCGCGAUGAAUCCAAGAAUACCCAGAACGACCUUCUCCACAGUGAGAACGUCCGGGUCGGCCGAGACAAAUACAAAACCCUGCGACAGAUCCGGCAGGGCAACACCAAGCAGAGGAUCGAUGAGUUUGAGGCCUUAUAAUAAAAAUGAAAAAAGAAACCAUUUCUGAAUGGUCACUACACAUGGGCCGUCACACGUGGACGCACACACAAGCACGCUAAAACUCCCGUAUAACACACAGCAUACGCAGACUUAACUGGAGCCGUACAAGCAUCACUUACAAAGAGAGACACUCCUGUUUUGAACGUGCAGAGGUUUGCGAAUCCCUCGAAGAAAACUUAGUGCCAAAACCUCCUCUUCUCUUCGUAGCGUUUCACAUCCUUUUUUUUGUGUAUUUCGUUGUGUGUCAUUUGAUCAAAUACAGGCCGUCGUUAUUGUUUUUAUCCAGAGGUGUGAUGAUGUAGUGGGACUAGCCAAAUUCUAUUAUUAUUACACAAUGUGCACAUAUGACAUGUAAUCAAAGCCUCGCUUCUUUUUGAUGACCAUCAUUCAUUGUGUAAGAAGAAAAAGACAGUUUGUCGUUCAUAGCGACCACUCAGAAAGCUGGAAAACUAUGAGCUGGAAACAAUGUUAGUUUUGUUUGACAUUAUAUUUGAACUCUUCCAUUUAUGUUUAAUAUUGCUACACCGUAGUUGAAAAUCAUCCAUAGUUUGAUAUUUAUGCUGUAUAUGGGUUAUUGAAAGGGGUGUUUUAUCUUGGUUUGUAUAUUUUUACUAUCUACUAAUGAUAAUAAAAACAUUUAAUGUUUCAAAGAUUUUAUAUAUUCACCAAAAUAAUAGCUGUCUUCUGUUGUACACGUUUUCCCUUAGAAUGCCAAAUUAAAGAGAUUUACGAGA